UCCUCCGAAAACCCGUCUGAUCUGCCCUCAUCUCCGUACCGCUCUCUUCACCACUCCCCCCUUAUGACUCAAUCCCACCCGCCCCAGAUAUAAAAACCCGCCUUCCCAUGAUGUGUGAGUGCACCGAAGUCCCUCGAGUCAAACCCGCGGUCGGCGGUCUGUUCCGGCGAUUCGUCGGUCUCUUUGUCGGCGACUCGGCCGAUCGCUUUCAUUCGCCGUUACGAUCGGCGGGUUAUCCGUACGCCCUUUCGUCUCGCUUUCCGACUGCUCCGGUUUCAUCGUCAUCACCAUCGCCAUCAUCGUCAGCGGCGUCUUGGGUCUCUCUGAAUGCUCUGGCCCCAGCCCGUCCCCCGUCCCCCUCUCCUUCGACCCGGUCUUUCCCAUUCGUGUCCCAACCGAAUACCCCUCAGCGCAUCUCAUCCCGUUUAAAGUCCUCGAUACCCGCCGUCUCGUCGUCCCGACCCUCCACCCUGCCUCCCUCGACGCUGUGCGCCCUCUCCCUCUCCUCCGUCUGCUCGUCGGCGACAUGCUCUCCUUGCGCCUCGACAGCAUCAUCCACUCCCUGCUCAACGCCGUCCACACCUUGCACUGCGGCAUCGACUCCCCGUUCCCACUCGACCCUCGCCUCCUCUCCUUCCGUUCUCCCUGCCUCCAAACCCAUUCCCGCCUCAGCCCCGCCCUCCGUACCCAGCACCCUCUCCUCUCCUUGCUCCCAUCCCUCGCACCGCUCGGGUUACUCCUCGCCCCUUGAGCCGCCGCCGUCUCCGACCGCCGGCCCCGAGCAGUUCGCCCAUAAGCGCACGCCGUCUGAAUACAAGUUGGUCAAAACCGCCGGCAGAUUCCAGGUACACGAAAUGAAGCUGGAGAAACCCACAAAAAAGAAAUUUGAGCUCGAAAUCCACGAGCACCCCGCCGACCGCCGCCCGACCUGGCCCCUCUCGCAGUCGCUCCAGUCGUCCAUAUGCGACUCGCCGCUGAGCGAAUGCUCGCAUCUGUCAAGAUCGCUGGCCGCCGCCACUACCGACCUGGAUCGCAGCGACGAUCUUUUGCGCUCCUCUGAACCCUACGGCGGCAGCGGCGAUCACCAUCACAACCACAAUUACCACCACAACCACCACAACCACCACCCUAACCAUCCCAACACCGUGCCCAAAAUCAACACCUGGGACUCGGCCUACUACCGUUCGCACCGCGAGUCGGCGGGUUUCCUGCCUGACUCUCUGCCCUCGAACGAACCCGGCUCGCGGCGGUCGCUGUCGCACUCCGUGUCGCAGCCCGACAUGGUUGCCCUCGACCCGUCUCCGUCCUCGAGCCCGUGCAGUUCCGUCCACUCGACCUUCAGCCCAAGCCACCACCGCCAGCUUCUGGACGAACCUGAACCUCCGUCGCUCGGCUCGCAGCGUGCUCGGUUCACUCUGACCCACGAAGAAGACUCGUCUGUUGCCACGACGCCGACCGGGUCGCCCCGCGGAACCUUGUCGACACCAGGCGUCUCCGAGGUCUCUCCCGUCACCGAAGUCAAGAAGGUGGUCGCCAAGAGCGGCCGCAAGUUCAUGCUCGAAACCCUGAGCACAUAACCCGGC